AUGGCUUACAACAAAUUAGUUCUCGGCUUAGCAGCCAUCGCCGUUUUGGUGGCAGCGGCCAAUUGCCAAAGUCACAACAUGCUUUGGGGCCAAAGGACAGCCGGUGACAGAUUAUUGUUCAAUUCAAUCGAAUAUGAAGAAUUCAAGCCAUUGCAAGUGGUUAAAAGAGAUGUCAAGUUCCCAAAGGAUGGACAAUUCAUUAUGCCACCAUCACCUGCAUCAAUGCCACUGAUCAAUAUAAUUUCUGCUAUAUCUCGUAUUGAAAUACUGAAAAAUUUCAAUUGUGGUUUUAGUAGUAAAAAAGAAUGUGUAAAUUACAACCACACAACUCUCCACAUCAAAAGUCAAAGAAAUCACGGAUUUAACUUUAUGAUUGAUAUUUAUGGAUUUUAA